UAUAACUUCAGAAUAUAUCUGAGUGACUGAAUCUCACUUUUAUUUCAGUCAAAGGCGUGAUUGAAUCAAUUAGAAAAUACAACUCUAUCGAGUCACAAAUAGCUAAUCACUUACCUAAAUUCACCAAAUGCUACUGGGUUCAAGAGUUCAUAGUGGGCCGAAAGAUCCAGCUAUAUACAGAAACCCCUAACUUUGAUCUUUUGCAAACACACAAAAAUGCAUAACCCGCCGUUCAUGAAACCCUAACUUUGCAAACACACAGAAAUGCAUAACCCGCCGUUCAUUUGUGCUAUGUGCCGGAAGAGAACUCCAGAUGCCGUCGCCUGCGCUGAGAACUGUCGUUACGCAGAGGCACUCAGACUAAAGAUACUCAAUGGUCUUCAGUUACAUCAACUCGCUGAAGUUUUCCAGGUAGAUCCUAUAGACCGUGCUAUUGGCCCACUCUCACCUGACCAGUUGCGGCAAUAUAUAAAUUAUCUCCAAGAUAUAGUAACUGCGAGAAGUAACGACCCUGUCCUAGGGGCGAUUGGGCCACUACGUGCUCUGAGGCAGACCCUUCUGACGUUAAGAAACCACACCGCCGAGUUGGACGAUCAGAUAGCAAAGCUACGCGGAGAGUCGGAAAACCUCGACAAGACACUUGCGGAGUUGGCACGAGAGGUGGAUCUGAGGGUUGAAGAGUUGAAGCCUGCUGUAGAUGCACUUGCUCGCCUGAUUGACCCAACAAGAGGAAUAGGAGGCCCAUCAUCAUCAGUAUCAUCUAGUUCAGUAGGGUCAACAGAAGAGUAGCAUGCAUGCACAUGCCUGUAUGAUUUUCCCCGCAGGUGGAUAGAUAUGCAGUUUUGUUUCUCAGUGAAGUUGAACAACCAACUGUUUGGAUGCAGUUUCUAUGAAAUUCUUUCUUAACAUGAUGUCUACAUUUUGGUUAAUCUCAUAUCUGAUAUUUCGAGAUGAUGAGAAACGAGUUUCAUGUUAAAGUGCAAGUGUGCUUUUAGUUUCUUAAGUAAACUACUAACUACUACUGGAAGGUUUUGUUCUCUUUA